CCGUUCAAAACAACUAUUUGACACGAUGAGUAGUAUAAUAGUUUGUCAUAUAACAAGAAAAACGUUUUUCACAGACAUCAAUCAUUUGGUUUUACCAGCUACAGAUUGUUAUCUUACUUGCAAUGGACAUAUCAAAACAGAAAUAGCUGCACUUGAAAAUGGCAAAGUUUACCAUGUUUUACCAAGACUUGUUGGGGGCAAGGGAGGGUUUGGUUCUAUGUUGCGUGCUAUUGGAGCACAAAUUGAGAAAACAACAAACCAUGAAGCUUGCAGAGAUAUUAGUGGCAGGCGUAUGAGAGAUGUUAACAAUGAGAAAAAAUUAAAAGAAUGGAUUGGGCAAAAGGCAGAAAAGGACAGACAACGUGAGAUAGAAAAACAGGAAAGAAGAGAGAGAAGGAGGGCAAUGCCAAAUCACAAAUUUGAAGAUGAAAUUUAUCAUGAACAGAGGAAAAAAGUAGCAGAAAAUCAAGAAGAUGCAAUUUUGCAGGGUCUUCAAAAAGUUAACAAGGCAAUACCGUCUUGUACAGCAACUUCAGAAACAGCUACAACUAGUGGUUUAAAGAGAAAAACAACUGGAACUGAUUCAGGACCUACUGCAAAGUCAGCAAAACAAACAGAAUGGUUAGGAAUUGACAUUGAUAACCUCAGUGACCUUGACUCUGAUGAAGAUUCAGAAACCUCGUUACCAGGACAGGAAGAUAGUUCUCCGUCACCCAGUAAUGAAAAUAGUUGUGAUCCUUUCCAACAAACUGAUAACAUCAGUAAAUCACAAGAUACACAAGACAAUUCAUACAUCAGUGAAAACAAGAAAAUGUGUGAGGAAGAUAGUUAUCAAGAAAAAAAAGAAGCAAAGAUCCUUAGUAAAGAUAAACAAAAAACUGAAAAUGACAAAAAUUCAGAAAAGGAAGAUGUUAGAAAGGUAUCCAUUACACAAAGUGAAACAUCAAAAGGAUUGCUUGACUGCCUGAAGAAGAUACCACCUCAGAUCAAUAAGGAAGAGGUUAAAGAAACAUGUAUAAAGGAUGAACAGGUACAGGGAACAGUUAAUCUUGAUGAUUUCAAUUCAACAGAAGAUCUUCAAGCUCUUGGUUUAGAUCGUCUUAAGCUUGCAUUAAUUGACAGAAAAAUGAAAUGUGGUGGGAAUCUGGAGCAAAGAGCUGAAAGACUUUUUUCUGUGAAAGGCCUUAAAGAGGAUCAAAUUCCUCCAUCUUUACUGUCAAAACCAUGUAAAAAGAAAUGAAAAUUGGCAGAAUUGUCAGUUGAAGAAAAAAAGAAAAAAAUUUAUUUGAAAUAUGUAAAAUAUAUUUUAAUUGAACAAGUUUUUAUGCCCCCGCUGUAGCGGAGGGGGCAUUAAGUUUUACCCUUGUCCAUCUGUACGUACGUCCAGCCGUACCUCCCAAAAUUGGUUUCCGUUCUCUAACUUGAGUUUGCCUCAACCAAAUGUUAUGAAACUUAUACAUAAUGCUUAUUACCACAAAACACAGAUCAAGUUUGAAUUUUGGUGGCGUCACUUUAACCGUUCUAGAGUUAUGCCCCUUUAUAAUGGAAAAAUUACUAAAUUUUUAGUUUCCGUUCUCUUACUUAAGUUUGCCUCAACCAAAUGUUAUGAAACUUAUACACAAUGCUUAUUAUCACAGAAUACAGAUCAAGGGUGCAUUUUGGUGGCAUCACUCAAACUAUUCUAGAGUAAUGCCCCUUUAUAAAUGGAAAAAUUGCAAAAGUUUUAGUUUCCGUUCUCUAAUUUAAGUUUGCCUCAACCAAAUGUUAUGAAACUUAUACACAAUGCUUAUUAGCACAAAACACAGAUCAAGUUUGAAUUUUGGUGGCGUCACUUUAACCGUUCUAGAGAAAUGCCCCUUUAUAAAUGGAAUAAUUGCAAAAUUUUCAGUUUCAGUUCUGUAACUUAAGUUUGCCUCAACCAAAUGUUAUGAGAUUUACACACAAUGCUUAUUACCACAAAACUCAGAUCAAGUUCAAAUUUGGGUAGCGUCACUUUUACCGUUCUUCAGUUAUGUCUCUUUAUAACUUUGAUAUGCAAGCGGGGGCAUCAUCUGUGGACACAUGUGGACACAAUCCACAUUUAUUUUAUACUAAAUUUGCUAUUGUAAUUUUCAUAUGAGAUUUAAAAAUUAAAGAUUAUCAAUU